AUGAUUCUAAAGUCCCUCACUCGUUCCCAGUUUUCUGAGCAAAUGCUGCUUGAUUUUGGCUUUGGGUGGAUUCUUCAGAAAUUGGAAACUCACUACCAACAUAGCCCCGAUGGAACCGCUCAAAAAAGUAUGAUUCUAUACUUCAAAACGGAAGUGCCGAAACUGAGAGAGGAAUUGUGUUGCAUUGACAACAGUGCGGAAUUUCAGAAGAACAUCCAACACUUCCGGAACACAAUCAGCGCUGUCGACUCUUUGCUGGAACAAUCGAAGAUGGUGAUUAUUGCCCACCGAGAAGCAGAAGGACUUUUCCCGACCUGGCCAAGCGAUUUAGAAUGGGUGUUUUAA